AUGUUUCCCCUGUGUCCGCCAGAAUGCAACGUGACGCCCCUGCCCCUCGUGGGUGUCUGCACACCCGCGCGAAUGCGUGGCCUUUUGCGGACGACUCUCGAGGCCUGCACCGCUGCGAAAUCUUCCUUGCCUCAGCGACCCCGCUCGAACUUUCUCUUCUUCGAUUCUGAACAAGUUAUUGCAUCUCCAGGGAUUCUGUCUCCUCCUCGUUGUUCUGGCAACCUUGUGUCCUCUUCACACGGGGGCGGCGCCGCCGGCCGGUCUCCUUCGCCGUUUUACUCGGGCUCGCUUCCGCCCUUCGCAGGCGGCGGGACCUCUUUCGCGCGCAGCGGGGAAGCGUCCCGGGGUUCUCCCUCUGGCUCGACCUCCCCCGCGGCUGUCGAGUCCGCAGCGCUGAGGAAAGGCGGUCACGCGGGCAGUGAGGGCGUAGCAGUUUCGCCGUCGUCCGCAGCUGCUGCCUCGGGGGCUCCGCCCUACGGGGCGGCGCCUCGUCCCUCGCUGGCCUCUGAAGCAGGCGAGAACGAAGGAUUUCCCACCGCAAAUGACCCUCUUGGUUCACCCUGGGGCGGAUCCGGGCUCGCCGCGGCGCCUCCUUUGCGUGACCCCGAGGUGACGCUCGCCUCGCUGCGUCGACCGCCUCCAGCGAAAAAGAAAACGCCUCCAGCCCCCGAGCAGCUUUUAAAUAAAGGGCUCCUUCGCCACGGCUGGCUGCGUAAGCAGCUGGCGGAGAAGCCCGCGGCGUACGUUCUGUGCUUCGACUGGCGCGAGGCCUUCGCGGAUCCCGCAACGGCGCCGCCACCUGCGUCGCCAGCUGCACAUCCGUCAGGCGCCUCCAAUCUCGACACGCGCGCUCCGGAGGCGCCCAUCCGGGAGGUGGCGUCGUUCGCUGCGGCGCCUGCGCCGGCCACCGCCGCGGGCUCGUCUCUCCCGUUCCCUGGGGCGCAGCCUUGCUGCAAGUGCUGUCCGUAUGGCGGCGCCCGCCGCGACAGUGCCCAGCGAUCCUCCGCGGGGAGUGCAGGAGGCGCCAGCUGCUCGAACUCGCAGAGCGGACUCGAGGCGGCGGGGAAGGCCGUGGGAGAGGAGGCGGCCGGCAGCGGGUCCUCUCCUCUUCGCCCCGUCGCCGGUCCGCUGGGCCCCGACGAGGGGACAGGAGGCGGAGGAGGAGAAGGCGACGCGCAGGGCGAGGCAGACCUGUGCGCCGCGGGGUCUCUCGACUGCUGUCGGAACAAUCCCUGCCGCGCUGGCGGGGUCUGCGGCGCGCAAGCGGCUCGACUCGGCCGAGCCGAGGGCAGCGCCGAGCUGAAGAGGGGCGGCGAAGGCGGAGGAGACCCAGAGGCGUCUCUGUGGAGUCCGCCCCCUCAGAUGCACUCGGGAAUGGAGCCGCCGGCAGGCGCACUCGCCGCGAGCCUGAAUGCCCGCGAGGCGGCUAUCGCCCGAGCAGAGGCAGCCGCUCUCGCUCUCAUCGAACGCGUUAGGGAGCGCGUUCACAGAAAACGACUCGCGCCCAAGAUGAUUCUCUUCGUCAUCCUGCCCACUGGACUGUCGGACCCCCAGGGAGCCGUCGGCUGCUUGAGGCGUUUGAACCCUUCUGAGAUCGCCGCCCUCUUCGUCACCUGCGGCAUAGAAGAUAUUCAGACCAAAAUGGAACGACUUGAACAGGUGGCGUACGACUGCGCGGUGGAGCACUACGAGAAUGAGACGCGGCGUUACAGAAAGCAGAUUCAGCACGCGCCCAAGAGUGCAGAUCGCACUCAGGCUAACGCUUGCCACGUUUACCAGGCCAGGAGUCUGGUGAAGGCCGGCUACAUGCUGGAGUUCGCGGGUCAGCCGCACGGGGCGAUGAAGUCGUUCAUCGCGGCGUGGCAGCUACUCACCACAGACAAGCAGAUGGCCACGGCGGUGGAGCGGAUGUCGCUGUGCAACUUGCUGUCGGUGCGCAUGUACCACAUGUACUUCCAAGCGGCUGAGCCCGCGAAGGCGGCGCACCACGCGCGCGAACACCGCGCCGUAUUGCGGGAAAACCCCCCGGAGGAGGAGGAACUUCUGGGCUACCUGCUGCCGCAGUGGCUGGCGGAGCUCCACGAGCUGCUCGCCCAUCUUCAGCAGGAGCGACUGACGGUCCAACACCAGAAACUGCGCCUCCAGCAGGCCUCCCAGCAGGCCUCCCAGACUCUCUCUGCGCCCGCGCCGCCGCUUCUCGCGGACUGGGGGGGCGGGCGGCGAGAAAGAGAGGAGGGCGCGGGCGUCGCGCAGUGGUGGGCACGCGGCGGCGCGAGCGGAGACGAGUUCGGCGCAACCGCCCCCGUGGGCUUGCGAGCCAGCGGCCCUCUCGCGGCGAGUCCAGGCUGGGCGGGGGAAAGCCCUGCGUCUUCGCUGUCACAAGUCAUGUGCACCAGCCCUUCGCAGCCAGGCGCGGGCGGCGGAGGCGGAGGCCUGCCGCAGUACGGCUACGCAGACUUGCUCUCGCUGACGACUGAGGCCUGGGAGAACCCCGGCUUCCAUUUCCAAGCCGCGGCGCGCUAUCUGCAGGAGCUGCGCGUCUGGGUCCGACGCGCGAAAGUCCAGCUGCGGCCGCCCUCGAUGAAGGGCGGCCUCGCAGUCUCCGCCGAGUGGGUCGGACAACUCGACACGCUGCAGCACGGCGUGGAGGCGUUCAGCUUGAUUCCCAACACGAGCCCCGGGGCGGCGGCGGCGUUGAUGCGCCAAGAGGUCAUUCUUCGCUGGAUUUUCUCUGUCAACGAGCAGCAGGUGGCCAUGCAUGCGACGCACCUGCUCUCCAAGGCGCACGUUAUCUACAAGUGCAUCGGCGGGACGCGGGGCUGUCCCACGAUCGCGUGCCAGUUGGCGGACGCACUCUUUGAUAGCGAGCGCAUGCUCACGGCGCGGCAGCUCUACGCGACGCUGGCGCAGGCGCUCUCUUCGCACGUUUUCAGUCGGGCUUCUCUCCUGUCCUCUUCCUUCUCUUCGGGGGGAUCUCCCGCGGGCUGGAGCGUCACGGCUCACGGGCGCGGCAGCCUCGCUGCGGAGAGAGGGGGGAGGGGCGAAUUCGACAACGCAGCAGACGCUUGCGGGCGAGCGAUCAAGCGGGAAAGCGAACUUGGUGGCGCGUUCGCGGCUCUGAGCUGCAGGGGGGGCGACCGCUGGCCAGGGGCCGCCGGCGGAAGGAGACUGGGGGGCGAUGGAGAAACAGACUCGGAGGCCGAGCGAGGAGACGAAUUAGAAGCGCGGAGACAACAGCUCUUGUGGCGAGCGCAGAUCGCAGGAAGCGAAGAGUUCUGGAAGGGAGCAGGGCGCACAGACGGCUUGGGGCCCGGUGGCGACCCCCAGCUCUGGGCGAUGAGGAAUGCGGGAUGGUGGCCUCUGCUGCUGUACGUCUUGGCGCGUUUGCUGCUGUCGAUUUGCUCGCUGCUGUCGCUGUCUCCGCCGCCUUUUCUGUACGACCUGGCACACGUGAACCCGCUUUUCCACUGCAUCGAAGCGCGCCACGCGCCGUCGCCGCUUUCGCACUCCGUCACGGAGGGCGCCAGUCGAGGGAGCUCGCCUCGCGCUCCGUCUCCCGGGGCGUUUUCGAGGUUGUCACUGAGCGGAAGCGCCUCAAUGUUUGCCUCCGUCUCUUCGUCGCCGGACUUUGCAGGCAGUGAGCAGCCCGGCAAGUCCUUGCUGCUCGGCUCCGCGUCUCGCGUCGCAGAGCUCGAGUCUGCCGCGGCGGCGUCUGGGCCUUGUGGAGACGGAGGCCACACGCCCAGUUUGGAGGUCGAUCUCAUAUCUGGAAGUGGCACAAAGGACCUGCGGGGCUCGGACCUGUCUCUGGCGGGGGGAAGUCGCGACGGCAGGCGCCCAGAUUUAACAGCGCAACUCGGAAGUGGGGUGAGUGGAGGCGGCGGGGGAGCAGGGGGGGAAGGCGCGGGCCCCGCGACCCUUUCGGUGCCGGGAGGCUUGUCGCCGUUACCUUCUUUUCUCGACUUCGAAAACUACCGUAUCGGAGUUUUGUCAGUCUUUGAGCUGAUGAAUCUUUUCGCCCUGCGCGCCGACCGCGACGACCCCCGCGGCGAGAAACGGAGGCAGCUGCCUUCAUUCCUCUUGCUCGCCUUGCUGCCCAAGCUGCAGCACCUUGUCGAGCUCGCGGGGGAGCCGCAGCGGUCGCCGCAUGGGGGGGACGACUACGAGGAAGGGCACAGCCGGCGCGCAGGCUCCGCUGGAGCUUCGUUCUCCAGAGACACAGGCGAGAAAGGGACGCGGAAGCCUGAGCAUCUCGCCUGCGAGCGCGCGGACGACGCAGAGGCGCGACGCUGUGAGAAGAGAAGAGAAGCGGAACUGAGAAAGCGAUUCACGAUUGACGUGUCGCUGCCAGGAGUCGUCUGCUGGCUCUCGCUGCCGAGUGCAGAUGAACUCCACCGCGAGGCAAUGGCCCUAUGGAAGAUGGAAGACGAGCGCGAGAACGGUCCUUCAGGCGACGCCCGCGGGGCUGCAGGGGAGACUGCUGCAGGGCCCGGAGGGAGCGCGGAAGAGGCGCGGACCCCCGCAAGUGGUGGGGGGCGGCGCAAGAGAAGAAAGAAGCAGGUUGUCCAGGGUCUCCUCUGCGUGCUUCAACGGUUCGGACUCAGUCUGGAAGUAGCCAGUCGCGGCUUUUUGGCGACCACCCGCGGGCCGCUCCCCUGUCGCCUCGUGCCGCUCGUUCUCUCUCCGGACGAGUCGAAACGAGAGGAGGAACGAGCGCGGCGGGGAGGAGCGCCGGGAGGACAGAGGAAGGGACCACUUUCCCCUCUUGCGGCGCCCACGGCCGAAGACGCCGGCGCGCAAACUGAAAGUUCGCUGCAUCACCCCGCGGCAAGCUCCCUGACUGCGGAGACGGCCUCUGUUCCCUCCCACGCUUCGCUCUCGUCCCGCUGUGCGCCUGCGCAGGAGGCAGCUGCCUGCCCACACAACUGCGACGCCGAUGUGGUGGGUACUUGUGCCGGGGGAGCGUCUUCCACCGGCGUGGUCAUUCCCUCUGGCCGUGUGUGUUGUUUCCGCUUGAUCGUGAACCCCUCUGAGGCCUCGCGGAAGGCGUCCUUCUUCCCGUUCUUCCCGUCUGCCUCUUCCGUGUCGGCGCCCCUUCGCGUGCUCGGGCUGUCGCUCACCUGGCGCCUCUGCCGCUUCGUCUCCUUCUGUCUGCCCACGGUCGUCGCGCUGGACGCAGCCCAUCCGCCGCCCGAACUUGAGACCUGGCAAGCGAAGCACAUUCAGGCUCUCCACCGUAGACUGCUGAAGGCACGCGAAAAGGCGCCGCAGAUCUCUCGACUUUAUCUCGCUCCGGCUCCUGACGGCACGGUCGGAGGGGAAGGGGUGGCGAAGGCGGAGGAGUCGUACGAAGACAUUGGUCUCGCCUUCGAGGGCUCUGAGGCGCGGGAGAGGGGAAGGCCAGACACGAAACGUCUUCUCGCGGCGUCCUCUGUCCAGUCGGCGGCUUCUCCGCCGCCGCCUCAGUGUCCCUCGUACGCGCCUUCUUUCGGGACUCUCCUUGACCAACUCGAAAAGGCCUCGCGCGGGUGCUGGCCGGAGCCCGUCCGCGCAGUCCUGCUCCAGAAGCGCCUCAGCGUGCCGCCUCCGCCGCUGCCGGCGCUCUACACUGGAGAAGACGCAGCCGCGCGAGCUUCCCCUCUCCUCUUCCUUCCCCGGAGAACGCCACCGGUGGACUACCGCCCCGCUCGUUUUUUCCGCGUCGGGCUGUGGCACCCUAGAUUCGCUUGGAAAGACGAAAGCGUUCCUUUUAUGCUGCGCAUUGCGGUGAAGGACCCCCACGCGCUUCCGCGGCACGUGACACGCUGUCGCGUGCUGCUCUUCGCGACUCACGAAGCGGCGGGCGCGGAGGAAGCGGCGUCCGCUUCUUCCGAUCUUUCUCAGGGCAAGAGCGGAGCGGGUGGAGCCUCGGCGGAUGAGAGAAAGGGCAUCGCUGGUCACAGCGAAAAAAGCGCUUCACCUUGCAUGUUGGAAGACUCGAUCGCGAAGCGUGCGUCGCUCCUGGGGACCCGCGCGGAAGACGCGGAGACAAGCAAGAGGGGCGGCCAGACAAGCGGAAGGGCGACAGGGAGGCACGCGGCGGCAGGCGAGAGCCGAAGCGACCAGGACAGGCAGCGCGUGGAGAUGUCCGCAUUCAGGCAGGGGGAGGAGAACGACUCACACGAGGGAGACGCAGCCGAAAAAAGGAGAGGGAGGGAACAGAAGCCCUCUGCAGGACGCGAGGCGGAGGGGGAAGGCGACGAGACGGGACGGUCGGGAUUCACACGCGGCGACACUGGCAAGGUGGAGGAGCAAGCAGGAGGCGACGAAAGGGACGUGGAUGCGGUCUUGGGCGACGCGAGCCGUCCAAAUGAGGCGUCUUCGCGGCUGCACAGACGGCAGAAUUCGACUGCGAGCGGAGGGCCUCCACGAGGAUCGUUCGAGAGUUUCGCAGGCCUUCUGGGGAAGGCUGAGGCUCCGGUGGUUUUCUCUGCUUUCCUGGAGGAGGGCGCGGCGGGUGGGGAAGCCCGAGAGGAGCGAGGACGGCUGGCGGCGAAAGGCGCAGCAGACGAGAGGGCAGGGCAAAGUCCAGGCGGCCCUCGCCCCCUCAGACGAGUCUUUCCUGUGUGUGUGCCUGCGAAUCGCCCCGUUCUCUCGCUUGAUUUUGCUGAUUUGGGGAAGCAGGUGGAGAGGCGCGGAGAGAAGGCGCAAGCCAGUGGCCAGGCGGAGGGAGCCGCGACGUCUCACGACGAGCUGCCGAACGGAGUGAACGCGACUGAAAGGAGUGGGAGGCCGUUUCACCGUCACCGGGAGCCAGAGAGGCGAAGCACACCGACGAGAAGUAGAGCGGGACAGGGGGAAGCGCAGACGGGUUUCGCCUCCUGGUUCCCUUCUGCGAAGAUGUGCGAUGCCUCAGUAGCUGCAGGCGGCUGUCCAGAGUGUGUCUCUAGGGCGGCCGAUCGGUACCGCGUCCUGGGCUACUUCACCGGCGAAAACGGGAGCGGCACCACGCGUGAGAGAGGAACGCGGGGAGAAGAUGAACGCUUGGUUCUGACGCGACAGCCUGGCGAGGGAUCCAGUGCCGAUGACCGGAAGAAGGUCGGAAACGAGAGGUCAGCGGAAUCACGUUGCUUCCUCGAGGCGAAUUCCGCGUCGUCGUUCUUCUUUGAGAACGACGCUCGGUGCCUCAGAGGAAGACGAGGGGGCGACAAGAAUGCAGGAGGUGCGUUCUCUCCGUUCCGCGUCUUCACAUUCCGCCCGCGGGCCUCCGAGACUCGCCCAGCUGGGCGUGGAGAGGCUACUGAAGGGAAUCGUGAAGAGGUGAGGGUGCCUCCUCGGUCCCAGAUCUGGGCGGGCGGGAAGGCAAACGCGCAGGGGGAUGCCGAGGACUUCAGCUGCCAUUUCGCUUCCACACCCCUCAACGGCCAGACGGGCGGCGGGGCCGCAGCAGAGGACGGUGAACUGGGGGUCUCAGGCGCAGGGGCUGCUCCAGAGGGCGGGGAAGAGUUGAUUGCGGUUCCGCUGCUGCUGAAGGCGAAGGCUCCGGGCGUUGUCCAGAUUCGCGUCGUUUUGGAGUUUCCCCCCCGUCCUCGACUGCGGGGCGAUCAGCGAGGCCUGCUGGAUGGCGAGGGGAUAGACGAGGAAGAGGAAGACGCGUUCCUUGACGUGGAUCAACAGGACGACUUCUUGACAGCCGCCUGCAGCAUUGACGUUCAACGACCGUUGAAGGCGCAGCUUGAGGCAGUGCCCUUCGCUUCCGCCAGCGCCGAGAAAAGCGGCUGCGAGGAGGACGCCUGCGGCUCGGGGGCCAGCGGGGGCCGAUCCCAAAGAGGGGCGCCAGAGGAAGACGGCGCCUUUGGCGGCAUCACGCCGUUCGCCUAUCUGCACCUUGCGAAUCCCUCCAACGUCGCUUUGCGGCUCGAAGACGUCCGCAUUGUGCCGCUGCCAACAGCGGAGGCCCCGGAGAGCGAAGGAGAAGACAGAGGCAGCCAGGCGCGGACCCUGGAAGAUCGAGAGGGUUUCGGAGAUGCUAGAGAGGCCCCUGGAGAGAGGAGGCUCGUCGACGCUGAAAGUUUAAGGACUAAAUCUCGUGCCUGCAGGUGGCGCUUCUGCCCGGUCUGUCAGUGUCUGUUGCCUCUAGAGUCUACGGCGACCGAACCGACGGGGGGAGCGAGAGAAGCCCGUGGAGGUGAACGAGAGGGGAGGAAUCUCGAGGGCGCAGCUCUCGCUUCGCCGCUCAUUGGUUGUCUCGCGACAGUGGACAGGCACGAAGCCUGGAGUGCGCUGGUCAACCUCAGAGCAUUUCUUGCCCGCGUCGCAGCCACCGAGAAGGCAGGCGAAGGCGAGAAAAUCGCCCGCAGAGGCGCUGAACAGAGCGACGGCCUUGACCUGCAGGCAGCGGCCUCCCGUUAUGCAGUCUGCGUCAGGUUCAAGCGAAAGGUGGAGUUUUUGCCUUACCCCUUCAACGUCUUCAGCAGCUUGUUGGAGCCGCAUGAACAAGUGUUCCCCUUCUCACUUCCGGCGCUCGCCGCUGCUUGCGUGGACGCGGCUCCUGUAACGGUCCGCGUCUCACACGUGGCUACCCCGACCGUUGGCGUCCCUUUCAAGCUUGAGGCCGUCAUCACAAAUCACACAGUUGACCCGGAGGAAGCAACUGUGGAGCUGAUGUAUCCUCCGGCAUCGGCGUCUUCAGCGGGGGCUCGUUUGAAUGCAGUGGGCGACGUGGGCGAUGGGGAUGCUUCUCAACAGGCGACAGCGGUGGGGUGGAACGGACUCUCGGACUGUCCCUUCUUGGUUAGCGGCGUCCUGCGCACAGAGCUUCUGUUGUCUCCUGCGAGUGACCGAGUCCUUCAGUGGACGAUGGUGGCAUGCCGGGCCGGGGCAUUCUCGGUGCCGACUGUGGUAAUAAAGUGCCACCGAGGUGUUUCAGGGGCGCGGGACAGUGUGACGACAGCCCCUGCGGAGAACGGAGAAAGAGACGAUGGCGCCGUCGCCGAGCAGCUGACUCGAGCUCUCAGAGAAGCCGUGGAGGGAGGAAACUCUUCGCCGGCUUCGGACUUGUCAGCCGCCACAUCGUCGGUGUUUGUGUCUCACCUCACCCAUAUUGUCGUCUGCCCUAACCCUCAGCGUGUAGGGUAG